CAUCUGUUGCGUACGGUGCGCUUUCCGUGACAAUCGAGUUUACUUAGUGGGACGAGGACGUUUGUUUUACCGAAAGAGAAGGACUCGGGGAACAUGCGGUGCAUGAGCAAAUGCGUGGUGAACCGCUCGACCAGAGUGUACACCGUUCUUCUCGGAGGGAUAACAUUCGGCUUCGUUCUCUCGACGCUGAUACAAAACCUCAGUUUAUCCGAAUUCGGGAAGAGUGCGGGAUGGACCGCGGACUACCCUUACGCCGUAGUUCGCGGCGGACGAGCCAGUUUCUCAAACUUGCCAGCCGCAGCUCAGCAACAGCCGGACGAGGAGCAGAUAGACAUCGGAGGAUACUACGAUUAUGAGAGAUUGGUGUUGCUGCAGGAGGAAAAGGAGGGGCAACGAGAGGGAGAGGAAAGGAACGAGAGAAAGGAGUUCGUUCCACAGGCGCAACAGCAGCAGAUCGCUAGCGAUGCGCUCUCGGACAAGAUGAAACGGAGAGAGUACGUCAAGGAGGGUUGGCAGGGACGUAACGUCAGAGAAACGAUGGAGGGAAACCCGGCCAUCAGGCUCUCUGACGAGCUGGCGACGCGGAGAACGCUCCUGGUGGCCGUCAUCACGAGCAUAAACAAGCUCAUGUCCCAAACACUAGCAGUGCAGGGUACCUGGGCCCAAGAAGCCAGUCACGUGAUAUACUUCACAGGGGAAGUGAAAAACCUUCCUCACUUGCCUCAUGGUAUGGUCGUAGUCCAACUGGAGGGUUUGGACGAUAAGCAGGCCGGCUGGGAGCUAAAAGAACUCUCCGUUUUAAACUACAUCUCCAUAAAUUACCUGGAGAACACUGAUUGGGUGCUGAUUGUAGGGGACGAGACGUAUGUGUCCCCCGAGCCGCUAGAAAUGGAACUGAACAAGUACGAUGCAUCCAUGUCGGUGUACCUUGGUCGUCCGCAGGAGGGAGAGGGAGGAGAGGGGGAGGAGGGAGGGGAGAAGGAGGGAGGGGGAGCGGCGGACAAACUGUGUAACUCUGCGUCGGGUGUCGUCUACAGUCGAGGUUUUCUCGAGCAGCUGAAGCCAUAUCUCCCAGUGUGUUGGCCUGGAAACGGCGGGGAAAUGAAGGGGCUCAGUGGAUGUAUCAGUGUUAUGGGCCUCAAGUGCACUGCCGCUGAACAGGUGAAAGACCUGUUUGUCAAUGAUGCAAAGUCGCUAGUAGAAUCUUCCGGAUUGUUCCAGAACACAGAGCUAUCCAAGGCUCUACUGGUGCACCCAGUCAAAUACCCCAAAUACAUGUACCUCCUCCACAGUUUCUUCAAAGAAGUCGAGUACAACGCUUCUCUUGCUCGAGCACGCUCUCUCGUCCAGGUGAUUAAAGACACUCACCCCUUUAUUCCGUCUCAUCUCCAGUCGAACUUUGAACCCACCAAGACUCCGCCUACGACCACACCCACCGAGGAUACCACGCCCCCUCCAUUAGCGACAUCGUCUCUGGGUCCGUCGGUACAAUCAAGCGAAGGAGUUGUCGUACGUCCAAGACACAUUCCGAAAAACAAGUUUGAAAUUAACAACUGGGAGUAUUUCAACCAGACUCGACUCAUGACGAUAUUUCACGAGUCUCCAGCAAGAGGCAUUAUUGGAGGGACGCGGGAAGAGGCCAGAUUUGCUCUCACAAAGGCAAUCUACCUCAUUAACCAGGGGCGACCCCAGAAGGAGAGAUACGUGUUUGACAAGCUUGAAAACGGGUAUCAUCGAGUGGAUCCAAUGAGAGGGAGUGAGUUUGUACUGGAUUUCGUCUUUCGCAAGAGCUCCAAUCACAACGUCAGAAUCAAGAAAAGGGUUGGGAUUCUCCGCCCUUUCCAUGAGACGGUACUCCCCGUGGACACACCCGAGGUGCUACCAACUGUCAACUUUGUGACCGUUCUUUCGGGGCUCAGCGCUCGCCUGGAAACAUUUCUCGCCAACUACGAGAGCAGCGUCCUGGUUCCCGGGGAGGACGCCACGCUCACCAUCGUCUUGUUCGACGGACCAGAUGUGGGGAAAGUUCGAUCGGUCAUCCAGUCGUACAAGACGCGCUAUCGAGCGGCAAAGAUCAACAUUGUCGACGUGGAAGGAGAGUUUUCUCGCGGUGUCGGGCUCCACAAGGGAAUUGAGGCACUAAAAGACGAAGACCUCGCGUUUAUAGUGGACAUUGACUUUGACAUAGCCACCAGUUUCCUCCAGCGGUGCAGACUCAACGCGGUCCAGAGCAAACAAGUGUACUUCCCCAUCUUCUUCAAACUCUACAACCCAGAGUUUGUUAGCCAGUAUCACCGUGGCAACUCGUCGAUGAGGAUAGCGCGUCACACGGGCCACUGGGCGCACUAUUCGUUUGGCAUGUUGUGUAUAUUUGCCUCCGACUACCACAACGCUGGUGGGUUUGACAACUCCAUGAAGGGCUGGGGAGAAGAAGACAUCGAUUUCAUGAACCGAGUUCUCGGGAAAGGUCUGGAGAUAUUCAGAGCCCCGGACCCUGGGUUAAUUCACAAUUGGCACCGCAAGGUCUGCGAUAAGGUUACCGUUAGCAACCCCGUGGCCUAUGAUCACUGUCUAAUGUCAAAGGGGGAGAAUUUAGCAGACAGAAUUGAACUGGCACAAUAUGUGUUUGACAGCGAACUGAAGAAAGGAAAUCUCUUAUAGCAAACAUUCUCUUAGGUUACAUUAUUUAUUUUGAAAUUCCAUCACUCUGUGCCAAAUUCUCACAUUAAUUAUGUCAA